AUGAAACCAGGAAUCAUAACUAGUCAAGCUGAGCCUUCAGCCAAGCUUAUCAUGAGAAUUGGUAGCCCAAAACACAAAAAAUUAAUAAUUCCAAGCCACCUCUAUUCAGAAAGGAAAUUAUUUUCGCCUGACCCCAAAAUUGAAGAAUCUCUACAAGAAGCCUCCCCACUCCCAAAUCACCCUCCAGAGAUUGAAAAAAUAAAAAAUGCAAUAUUUUCACCUACAAACCUUAAAAUCAAAAGGUCUUCUUCACAAAAAUCUAUACAAAUAAAAUGAUGAUUAUCCGACUUGCCCUUCCCCCAUACCCUCAGGGUUUUUAGGUUUAAUAGGGCCGGGGUCUGGAAUUUAUGUUCAGGGUGUUUUUUCCCUCCUUGGUCGGGAUAUCACGACAGGAUUUUUACCCCGCACCAUAAAAAAGAAAUACAGAGUCCAUAUGACAACUAUACACUUCUGAAUGUGAAGGUUUCCAUCCCGGAUAGAUCAUAGCGACCGUUAGGAGUUGUUCAAAGAAGUACCGAGUUCAUCUCCCCAAGAGAUGGUGACGCCACCAUUCUUUUGUGGCUUUGAAGAAAAAGGGCGUAAGUGCAAACCGAUGCUUAAGGUGAGGAGCCUAGCGAAGAGGGGUUGAAACAAACUCUGAAGACCCAUUCUAACUUUAAUCUAAUAACAAAAAUCUAUACGCUUUUGCUAA